GGCUGGUGCCUAAAGGCCCUGAUUACCAAAGUCAAUAAAACCCAGUGUGUGAGCAGCUUGUGUGCAGAGUGACUUGAGCAUCACAUCCUGCCUCAGACCUGCACCAACUCAACUCUUCAACUCUGCAAAUCCCAAAAGCUCACAGCCAGCCUCUUCCCUUGCGGCCACUCGACAACUCAUCACAAUGGUUCAUCGCAAAUGCUACAUCGAGAUUAACAACAACUCUGGCUGCUACACUCUCGCCAAUCCAAGGGUGUUCACUGAGAGUGGCUACUGUGAAGUGCCUCUGGCACCCAUGGUGGGUCCCUGCUCCAACAGCAGUGCAAUGUUCAACAAGCAUGAAGGUGCUGCGACUGGCUCCGUCGGCGUCAUUACCUACGACCUCUUCAACCCCGAACUGAACGACUACAGCCACGUCAUGGCUGUCAUGUUCUCCGUGCCCUACGACCGAAACCUUUACUCCAACUGGUUUGCUGUGGGGAUCUUUGACAGAGGAAUCGACUGCGACUACAAUCUGUAUGAUAUUAUGUAUAAUGGAGAUGAAAACAAUUUUGUAAGAGCGAAGGCUGAUGGCUCCUGCAUUUCUUAUGAGGGAGACUAUAUUAUUGUCAGUGCCUCCAUGUCAGACUCAGGUGAAGCAGUCCUGAGGGUGGAUGUCAAUGACACUGGCAUGUAUUAACAUCCUACUGUUGUUAUGUCAGUCAUGUGAGAUGAUCACAGUCAUUUUAAUAAAAUGUUUAAAUAUGUGUGAAACACAGGCAAUUGAAGAAGUUGGUCUCCAGCACAAGUGGUGUUCAUUAUUCCAUAUAUUCUAAAUAUGAGUGCAUGACUGUACACUAAAUAUUGGUUAUGUCAGGCGUCGUUUUCAAAGGAAUUACAUUUAGAACAUGCUCCAAUCAGCAUGAUUGAUGAUGAGAAGAAAUUUUAAUCAAAAAGAGAGAUCUUCAUAGACUGAUUUUAUGUACCAAAACAAACAAAAUUUACAUUUAGUGGACACUUUUUUCCAAAGCAACUUAAAGCAAGUAAUUCAUUCAUGUACUGAUGGCGGUGGCUGCUAUGCAAGGUGCCAACCAGCACAUCAAGAGUAGUUUGGGGUUCAGUACGUUGCCCAUGGACACUUUGGCAUGCAGACCAGGGGAAUCGAACCAGCGACCUUCCGAUAACAAGACGCUGGCUCUACCCCUGAGCGACAGCCACCAGCAGACACCAAAAUAAACAUUCAGUUUUUGUUUUCAUGACUGAAUAAACUAAAAGAACAAAUGGCCCAUUUCAGCAUAAUAUAUGUUAUAUUCUUAAAUUAUAACUAUUGAUGCAUUAACAUGUUUGAUAAGGAUGAACUCAUUUUAAUAACUUGAUAUACUAUUGGGUAGCUUAACCUUUAGUGAUAUAACCUUGCUACAACUUGAGAUUAUUGAUAUAAAAUAUAAAUAAACUAAGUAAAGUAACCAGUAGGUCUGAUGCUAACACAAGCUUUAAAAUAAAUGUAGUGGAAUAAAAUUGUUAUAUUUGCCUCUGAAAUGUACUGGAGUAGAAGAAUAAAGUUUAGGUAUAAUGGGUAUAAAUCCUGGGUAUGUUUCUUGUGAGGGAAGCGCCAUCUCAUGGCAGCACCCUGUAACUGAAUGAAUGGCCGUGUUUUCACUGGAAUGCUACUGUCUUUUUGCACAGACCCCCUCCAGUUGCCAAAUGUGAACAGGGCAAUUAUGAUCUUCUUUUGUGGUAUAUAUAUUUAUCGUUGAGGUACCAGAAUGUCUGAAUAAAAACAUCUUUAAUAUAAUCUAUAACAGCAGCCAAUGUAAACUU